AUGCUGCACAAUGUAAGGACAUUUUACGUUUCACUAUUCACCGCAGUUUCUCUACGACAUUACGAGCUAUCGCAACUGAGAAAACAAGUCAGAAAAUUAACGAGCCUAACUUGGAUGUACAAACGGAAUUGCACGGCAGCGCGUUCUCGAAAGAAAGUCAUUUGUUACCUCGGAAGUUGGUCAACAUAUCGUCAGGGAGAUGGAAAAUUCCAAAUCGAAGAUAUCGACCCAAGUCUGUGUACUCAUUUGAUAUACAGCUUCGUCGGGGUGACUAACAAUGAUGUGAAAAUUCUCGAUCCAGAAUUAGAUUUGAACAAGAAUGGUUUCAGUCGUUUUAAUGAGUUACGGAAGAAAAAUCCAGAGCUCAAAACGAUGGUAGCGGUUGGAGGUUGGACCGAAGGAUCUGCAGGUUUCUCGCGUAUGGCAUCCAAUCCGAGCUCGCGGGGAGAAUUCGUAAAAAAUGUAGUUGCGUUUAUCAAAAAAUAUAAGUUCAAUGGUUUGGAUAUGGAUUGGGAAUAUCCCGCUCAACGCGAUGGCGCCAGCCCUGCAGACGUAGACAACUUUGUUGCUCUGCUGAAGGAACUGCGAGCAACUUUCGAUCGUGAAAAAUUCCUGCUCAGCGCAGCCGUCGGGGCUGCUGAAUCUUCAGCAUCCAAGUCUUAUAAUAUUCCUGAAAUUUCAAAGUAUCUCCAUUUCAUCAACCUAAUGACGUAUGACCUGCACGGUUAUUGGGACCGGAAAACUGGUAUGCAUUCAGCCCUGUACUCUGCCUCUUCUGAAAUUGGCGAUGCUGCCAAACGGAAUAUCGAUGUCAUUGUCAAGUAUUGGCUAUCGCAAGGAACGCCCAAAGAGAAAUUAAUUCUUGGUACGCCCCUGUAUGGCCGAUCAUUCACCAUCAAUUCUGGUAGCAAUGCAGUUGACUCCGUUUCAUCAGGACCGGGCGCGAAAGGGAUUUAUACCGGCGAGGGUGGUCUACUCGGAUACAACGAAAUUUGCGAAUUAAUCAAGAAUAGCGGAUGGCAGGUCAAAUUCGAUGUAGAGAGAAGGGUGCCUUACGCUUACCACGCCAACCAAUGGGUCAGCUUCGACAAUGUCAAAUCUAUGACGGAGAAGGCUGAGUUCGUUAACAAAAUGGGUCUUGGUGGUGCGAUGGUAUGGUCCAUCGAUACUGACGACUUCAAGGGCAAUUGCGGUAUCAAAUAUCCCCUGCUCAAAACUCUUAAUGCCGUUCUCCGUAAUGGAGAGUCAGUUACCGAUCCUCGAGCUGAAGCGUCGCUAGAACCCACCAAUGAAGGAACAGCUAUGCCAGUGGAGGAGCCCCAAAAUCCCACAUACGCUGAAAAUGAUGCGGAAUGCACGGCUGCCGGAGCCUUCCCUGACCCUACUAACUGCAAUCAAUUUUUCUACUGUGUUGCUGACGGCAUUGGAAACUUUAUCAAAUAUCCAGCCAGCUGUCCUACCAAGAAUUUGUGUUUCAACAAAGAGUCUGGCUUUUGUGAUUGGUCUUAAAACUAUUGAAUCCUGUUUCCAAGAAGCUGUUGCCACACUC